AUGUACAAUGUGUUGAAUCGAUUUUCAAGUUUUGAUUUGUUGGAUGAGUGGAUCUUAUUGAUUACAAAACAAUUUACUGGAAAUUCUCAAGAUAUUUCAUUUAGCAAUGAUCAAUUAAUGACCACUUUUCGAGCUAAUGUAAGUUUUUUGGAGCACUUUAUUUUCCAAACUCUGGAAUUUUUGCAGCCACGAACUCGUUUGAUGUUCUUCGCAAUAUUUUUCACAAUUCUAACAAUGUUGGGUGUAUUUUUCAUGCUUGCAUUUUCAAAAACAAUCACAAAUCGCAUCUCAAAUGCUAUAAAAUUCAAAAAAUAUUAUCUGGCUUAUACAAUUAUUCCAGUUUAUUGUUGUUUGAAUAUUUUAUCAUUGACUGUUUCUUUUGGAUUAGAUUCAACAAAAGCUUUGCAAUCAAUUGAAAAUUCACAAAAUUUUAAGAAGGUGGCAAUGAUUAGUAAGUGGGAUUAGAACUUGGAGACGAUUUAAGUAGUUAUUUUUCCAGGAAACUCUUAUUUUUCUAAACGAAGAUCUGAAGAAAUUGAUUGUUCAACACGAUUUCCACCAUUCAACACUGAGCAAUUUGACAAAAUCGAAUUUCACACUUUCAACAUUACAUCUCUCCACAUAAAUGAAGCAAUUCAAACGGCUGGCAAAAAAGUUCCCAAUAUCAAUUUGCUGUAUGCAAUGAGAAAUCUUGAGGUGAAAACGAGUCAAAAAUUGUCAGCAAAUAUUUAUAAACUAUUUGAAAAUCGAUAUUCGCACACUUUUGAAUUGCUGAAAAUACCUGGAACAAUUGUUGUGCAUAUUGCAAGAGGUGCCAUUUUUCUUGUCACAUUUUUCUCAGUUUCAACAACUUGUGUGAUUUCAUUGAUGGGAGUUUUGGGCAUCAGAAAUCGAUGUGAGUUGUGUGCAAAAAUGUUGCUCAAAAAAUUGAAAUCAUAUUUAUUUUUGCAGAUAAAAUCACAGAAAUAAUCGAACUAUUCUCACCAUUUCUUCUAUUAUUAAUUAUCAUCGAAUUCCUAUUUAUUUGGUAUAUUUUUACAACAAUUGUUGGAAGUAACACUGUAUAUUUGCAUUUAUCACAUCCAGAUCUUCACACAAAAAUAACAUUUGGCGCUCAAAAUGUGCGAUAUUUUUUCGAAACACUUAGCGCAACUACUCACUCUGCUAAAAAUAGGCACUUUUUGGACAAACCAUUUCGUUGGAGUUCGAUAAAUAUGAAUAUUUUGGAAGCUUCUGGAGGUGAAACAUUGAUAAAAGAAGUCAUGGAAAAAGUAAAAGGAGAUGGGGAUCAUUUGGUAUUUUAUAAUUAUUUCGAGAAAUGUUUAAAGACAACUUGCGAUUUGAAUAUGCAUUAUAUAUCCGAAAAAUAUGAAGAUUAUGUUGGAUCAUUGAAACCUUUAGUCAAAUGGUAUUUCAAAACAACAUCAAAAACUUAUUUGAGAUAUUUAUCGUUUUUUAGAAGAAAUACUUUUGUACCAAUUGUAAGUUUGGUUUGGAAAAUUUGUGAGUUUUGUCAAAAGUAUUCUACAUAGAAUAAUAAAAUUUAAUUUCAGUAUGCAUGCCAGUUUUGAUAUUCUUCAACAUGUUAUUUGUUCAUUUUUCAAUUCAAAUUAUUCGAAAACGGGAUGAACUUGAAACAGAAAAAGAAAAUUAA